AUGAGUGUGUCAGCGCUGGAUUCGCGUGUCUUCCGCAAUCUCUUUGGGACCCAAGAGAUCCGCGACAUCUUUACCGAUGAGGCCUACGUACGGCGUAUGAUAGAAACCGAGGCGGCACUGGCUCGCGCUCAGUCCAAAGCCGGCAUCAUUCCCGCUGAAGCCGGUGAGGAACUUACCAAGGCCUUGAAAGUUGCCAAGAUUGACUUCGAAAAACUCUCCAGGGACACCGAUAUUGUCGGCUAUCCUGUCCUGCCCCUGGUGGAACAGCUCGUCCACUCGCAGUCAACGCCUGAAGAUGUCUCCAAAUACAUACAUUGGGGGGCUACAACGCAGGACAUCAUGGAUGACGCAUCCAUGUUGCAAAUCAAGGCUGCGCUGCAAGUAGUCAAGCGCUAUCUAAAUGAGCUUGUUGGUAUUCUUCGACGUCUUUCUGCUGAGCACCGCGACACCCCCAUGGCCGGUCGCACACAUCUCCAACACGCUUUGCCAUGUACCUUCGGCUACAAGUGCGCAGUCUAUCUAUCCGGAAUAGAAAGGCAUGUUUCAAGGCUUCAAGAGAUCGAGAGGCGAUGUCUUUAUGUACAAUUCGGUGGCGCAGCCGGCACGCUGGCCUCGCUAGGCUCCGACGACAAGGGCCUCAGGACACGAGCCUACCUGGCAGAGGAACUGGGCUUGGACAACCCUCCCAUCACAUGGCACGUAGUACGUGACAACAUCGCCGAAGUCUUGAACUUCCUCGCCCUUGUCGGCGGUUCUCUAGGCAAGAUCGCCCUCGACGUGAUCGUUAUGUCAUCGAACGAGUUCGGCGAGGUUUCAGAGCCGUUCGUGCCUCUUCGCGGGGCCUCGUCGACUAUGCCGCAGAAGCGCAACCCGAUAUCGAGCGAGGUCAUACUCGCAGCCAGCAAGUUGCUACGCGCACACGCUGGCCUGGGCCUUGACGCCAUGGUGGUCGACUUCGAGCGGGCCAGCGGCCCAUGGCACCUGGAAUGGGUCGCCAUUCCUGAAGCGUUCGUGCUGUGCGUAGGUGCGCUACAUCAGACCUGCUUCGCUAUUGGCGGUCUCGUUGUGAACACAGGGGCCAUGAUGGCAAACCUGUGCUCGACGAAGGGUCUUAUUGUUGGUGAGGCUGUCAUGAUGGGUCUGGCGCCAUUCAUCGGUCGACAGAAUGCGCAUGAUGUGGUAUACAGCUGCUGCAAGGAGUCUAUAGAGACAAAAGCUCCGCUGUUGGAUGUUCUGCUUUGUCGUAAGGAGAUCACCGAGAAGAUGGAGGCAGACAAACUAGCUGCACUCUGCAACCCAAGUAACUAUUUUGGAGCGAGCCAGUUGAUGGUGGACGACGUGCUGAGAGUGCCUACCAACGGGCUGAAUGGUCAUUGA